AUGGCUGCCACAUCAAUCCGUCUAUCUGAGUCCUUCUUCAAAGACCUACCUAUUCAACUGAAGGUUGGCAAACAAGGAAAGAUAUUCCACGUUCAUCCUGGAGUCUUUAUGCCAUUUACUUCAUCAGCAAUAUAUGCCCGAGUAUAUGGGUCCUGGAAAGAUAGAAGCGAAGAAGUACUUGAUUUGACUGAGUUUGAUGAACAUACAAUUGUUUGCUUCUUGAGCUACGUCUACGCACGGGAUUACUGCCCUUUCCCCGCUGCUCCCGAUUCAAACCUAGAGAUUGAGGAACAGGCAAAGAAGUUUAAUCUCAAAACUACUGGAAAGGAAAGUUUCAAUAAAGGUCUAUUAGACGGCGAGGGUAUGUUCUCAGUGUUCUUAGAUCUAGCACACAUCACCAAAAUCUUACGCAAUCUGAAUCCUAUAGAAACUAUCCCCGACCAUCCAGCGAUUGAUGGCUUGAACACCAGGCCUUUGACCCCAAUCGAGGAUCUUAUGAUUCCAGAGCGACCUGCCACAAUUCAGAGUGCCACAAAUCCGCUAGGUCUUGCCGGAGGCCACGAUGAACUUCUCGCCAUUGAGAUUCUUACCCAUGCCAAAGUGUACUGCUUUGCACAUGUAUACCUUUUAACAAAGUUGGAGGCAUUCGCGUUGAAUCGUCUUGCUAAAACACUUGCCAUUCUACAAAACAAGCAAAUAAGCAUGUCGCCACAGUUAAUGGAGGCAAUCCGACUUAUUUAUUCGAAAACACCUAAUUCUUCCCAAAACCAUGCGAGAAACCUGUUGUCACAAUUUGUAGCCCUCAAGUUUACAGCACUUUUGGGUGAUCAACUCUGCAUGCUCAUGUCAGAAGGGGGUUCUUUUGCCGUGGAAGUGUCAUAUAAGCUUGGGAGGAGGCUCUUGGUUAGUCCAUUAGAGGACCAAGUCGAGAAGUUGCAUUUGAAAGUGUCAGAUCUUGAAUCCGAGGUAUCGGGAAUGGAGAAGGAUCUGAAUCAGUCAAGAGAAGAGGUUAGAGGAUGGGAGCAAUGGGAUCAAAAUCUGCCGUCAAAAAGACAGAGGUGGCCAGGCAGGUAUUACGAUAUCUAG